CACAGCCACGAGCGUCUUGGUGUCUAAAUUGCAUGUUGUGCUCGCCCUACGUCGCGACAUGUCCGAAGAGGAGGAAAAUCUCAGUGCUGUGUUUGUCACGUUCAUGCAGAAGAAAGGUUGCGAGGGUAAUGUGAGUAUUUAAGAGGUUUUACAUAUGACUCACCACGACGUACUCCUCCGUCGAGAAAGCGCGCCCUAAAUCCUCGUUCUCUCCAAAUUCGGAAACUUUCGACAUGAUGCAAGACGACACCACAGGGCGUGCAUACAAGCAGAGCAAGUCCACGCAGCAAAAGCAAUACAGAGAUAGGGAGGUCGAUAGCUUUGCCGACCUUCGCGAAGCCAUUCGCGAAAUGACAGACAAUCAGGAAACCCCCAAGACCAAAUAUGAUACACUAUCGAAAGCUGCACAAUAUAUCAGGCAGCUUAGCCUGAUGAAUCAAAAGCUGCAACGGCAACUUCACACGCUGAGAUCAUCACGAAUGAACGAGGAGGGCAGUAUGAUGACACAAAACCCUACAGCGCAGGCACCUGCCACGUCUUUGGGCUGGAACGCUGAUAUCAAGUCGGUUGGCACACACCGGACGACACAAAUCGUAUCGCAAAGCACACUGCACGAUUUUUACAUCGGCAUGAGCUCGGGGGUGUACGAUGCUGCGAUGCUGGAGGGUGCGCAGGACCAGACGAGCAUAGUCCCACGAUUCAGUAACAACAUGAGUCAGAUCGACCAGUAUACGUCCUUUGGACACCCCUUGAACCAGUCUCGCAUCCCCUAUGAUAGAUAUUCAUACUAGAGACAAAAGUAUGUGUACAGAACUUACCGAGUUUCCUAUAAUGACGGCACGGUUGUACCAGUAAUGGAUGGGUGGUUAUAACUGAUGUACUUAAUAUUUACAUGACACACUAAAUGUUCGGCUCGGAAAAUACACCUGUACCGGUACCCGGUAUCGGUAGUACUGAAGACCGAGCUUUUGUAUAAGGUAAAUAAACUUGGUGAAGGCAGCUCGG